CGAAAGAAACGUACGUUAUGUUUUUGAAGAUCUGCUAGGCAAGAAAUUUCUAUCCUGUAGACCGUCAUUUUUGAAUGGAAUGCAACUCAAUGGGUAUAACGAAGAACUACAACUAGCAUUUGAAUUCCAUGAAAAUGCGCAAUCAGAAGAAGCAGGAUAUAUGCAAGAAGCAAA